AUGGCCAACAGGCCUAAUUUCAUCGACCUCAGGGCCGAUUCCUCGGCCUCGGUCAACAGUAGUGCCUCCCGUCCUCUAAGAUCACCGCGAUUACAUGUCGCUGGGGAGGUUCCUCCCGCCUUAUCCCCCCUUGAUGCCUUCGCUGCUCAGAGCCGCUUGCUUGCCAAGCAGCUCGAGGACAGCGCCAAAACUGGGAGACGAAUGAGCCGUCUGCCCCCGUUGACAACAGAAAGCCCGUUAAUUGUUCAAGGUCGUUCCGAAUACUUUCGUUCUAUGUCCUACGACUCGUCUGAGGAACGACCCGAGACCCCCCAGCAAAAUACCGGGCUUGGUUUGACUACAGAGGUGGAAUCGCCUUCAGAGCGGCCUGUUUCGAUGCAACCCUCGAAUGAGUCCCAUCGACCUCCACUCCCACCGAUCAAUCGAUCCCGGUGCCUCCAAACCCAUUUCUCGAAAACGCGCGCGGUCGACACCUUGAAAAGCUCCAGGAGGAUGAAGGGAUGUAUGGUGCGCGGCGAGAAGAAUCACCUGGUGAUUUGGAAAGUGUAG